AAGUUAACCAACAUGGCUGCGCCCAGUGAUAGCCAAACAAGCCGUCUGCUCAGGACUGUCGAAUGAACCUUGAGCAAAUUUAACGCAUAUUUAUUGGCGUAAAUAAUACGCAGCAGUGAACUAAACAUGUUGUUAGUACGCGGUAAACCAAGCUCACUUCUUAGGUCGGCCACACCGCUUUGCCGUUGCCUGUGCACCGCCGGUCCCUCGCACAGCGAGCGGUCGGAGCUGCCAAAACACAAGCAACGCAAAGUGCGCAACAUCGGCAUCGUAGCCCACGUCGACGCCGGCAAGACGACCAUCACGGAGAGAAUACUGUUCUACAGUGGCCUGACACGAGCUAUGGGCGAAGUUCACGAUGGCGACACAGUGACCGAUUGCCUGCCCCAGGAACGCGAGAGGGGCAUUAGCAUCACCGCUGCCACGGUGACCUUUCCUUGGCGAGACCACCGCGUCAACCUCAUCGACACGCCGGGUCACGUGGACUUCAGCAUGGAAGUGGAGCGUUCCCUGCGAGUAAUGGAUGGAGCCGUCACGCUUCUCGAUGGAUCCGAGGGUGUCCAGGCACAGACCAUUACAGUGUGGGAACAGGCCUGCCGCCACAACCUGCCUCGCCUCAUCUUUGUGAACAAGAUGGACAAGGCUGCUGCCAGCUUCGAUGCUUGCAUAUCUGAUGUGCGCUCAAAGCUGGGAGCCGCUCCUCUGGUGGUGCAACUCCCACUAAAAACCGCAGACAGAAUGGUUGGCAUUGUUGACUUGGUGUCCAUGGAAACUCAUAUGUGGCCUGCAGACUCCCACCAAGGCCGUGUCUUCACUCGUGCACCUCUUGGACCCGGGACUAGCCAAUACGAAAAAGCUGCAAAGAAGAGGCAGGAGCUCAUUGAAGCAGCAGCAGAACUUGAUGACCAGUUUGCAGACGAGUUUCUGCUACAAGAUCGGCAGGUCCCGCCAGAUGAUCUCAUGGCAGCACUGCGAAGAAUAACUGUUGCGGGGAAGGGCGCACCAAUGCUGUGUGGCAGCGCCUACCGCAAUUUGGCGGUGCAGCCCCUGUUGGAUGCCGUCAUCGACUUUCUGCCCGAACCUGUUGUCUCUGAUGGUAGCGGGCAGCUAGCUGCACUGGCCUUCAAAGUGGUGCACACGAAGUUCAAGGGCCCACUAACUUUUGUGAGGCUGUAUGGCGGCCGCAUCACAAUGGGCCAGCGACUGUACAAUGCCACGCGGGAUGUGUCUGAGAAAGCGGUCGAACUGGUUGAAGUAACGGCUGACGAGUAUCGCACCGUGCGUGAGGCCCUGGCCGGUGACGUGCUGGCCAUUGCUGGACUCCAGCACAGCGUCACUGGAGACCUGCUGGUUGCCAACGCAGCUACAGCUCGCUCAGCCCUCGAAGGGCCUGCUGGUCAACGGGCGGCAAUGCAGAUUCCGGAGCCCGUACUACUGUGCAGUAUUGAGGCACCAUCAAUGCGUCAUCAGAAUGCACUGGAUGCUGCCCUAGCCUGCAUGUUACGUGAAGACCCAGCCCUGCGGCUCAGCCACUGUCCGGACACUGGGCAAAUGGUGCUCGGUGGCCUGGGACAGCUUCACCUGGAAGUGACACGGGACCGCAUUCUGCUCGAGCACAACGUGGAUGCCAGCCUGGGCCCUCUGCAGGUAGCUUACCGGGAGGCACCGACAGAUCAUGCUGCCAAGUCAGUGCGGCACCUGCUGGACCGCGCUGCGGGCGGCACGAAUCACAGGGUCGAAGUGGAGAUGCGCGUGUUACCAUCCGACGCACCAUUUAGAGGAUUGAAGGUGGUAGUGACCGACGACAACAACUUGGGGCGGCUUUGGCCGCAGCACAGACGGGCUCUCGAUGCUGGAGUGUCGCUGGCACUAUCACACGGACCCUUGCGAAGCUUCCCAGUGAUCAAUGCCAGCAUUGAGCUGCUCUGGUGUGAAGUGGGCCGCGGCACCUCUCUGGCCAUGGUCACUGCAGCCGCAUCCCAAUGCACCGCUCAGUGUCUGGCUAACGCUGCUGUCGUGCUCAUGGAGCCUAUCAUGAAGGUCCAGGUGUCCAUUCCCGAGAUGUAUCUUGGCCGUAUGCUGAGUGACCUCUCCCAGAGGAGGGCAACGAUUCGAGAGAUAUUGCAACGACAAGACAUGCGUGUCGUGAAUGCCGAGGUUCCACUUGCUGAAAUGAACGAUUAUGCAGAUGUUGUGCGAACACUGUCUUCUGGCCGUGCCAGCUUCAGCAUGUCACUAGCUGCCUACCAUCCCAUGGGAGCACAAGAAACUGCAGUGGCAUUGAGGCGGCUCUCUGGAUUCACAGACAAUGCCUGAGACACUGCGAUGUGGCAGUCUUGUUUUCUGUCUGUUUCUGCACAUAAUACAAGCCAGACACUGUUAAUAAAUAAGAAAACUAAUUUGUUUUGUUGGA